AGAGGAGGGGCAGCCAAAGAAGAAGUGAGAGCCAACGACGGGUCGGCAAACGGCGCCGGUGAUGGUCUAACGGCGGGUGAGAGCCAUUUUCAUUUGCCUUUUUGGAUUUUGAACAAUAGGCAGGAUAAUGGAGGAGCAGUUACUGUUCUUGAUUUCCGGAAGUAGCAGAGGAGACGAGUGCUGGCCACUGCUCUCUAGCACUAUCAAG